CUCAGGAACACUAUCUUCUCGUCACAAUCAUGUUCUUAAUGUCUACUCUCCUCCUAUUACUCCUUCCCACCUCACUCUUCGCCAAAACUGUACCUCGAGCCGACGAUACCAAGGCCCUUACCAAGCCUACUGUAUGCCUUCCGCACGACGGCUUCGGUAGCGCAACGGUCGCUUUCAGCAAUCCGCAUGGGAAAAACAUGUUCGGCUACGCCAUUGUCACCAAACACACAACAUACUACCCCCAAAUCCUCAAAAACGCUUUGGCAAUCAAGGGCUUCAAACUUUCCGAAGUGGGCAACGAUCAAUUAUGCGGUUGGACAAAAGCUGCAGCCGUGUAUAGCACACUAGGACUGGACUUCCACAACCACCGUGGCGACAUCUACUGGAAACACAGCGACUUCUACUCGAUUGGCGACCUAAGCGAUUCUGUCGGUCUUUCAGAUAGGGCCGCAAGCCAAGCAGCCCGUAUCCCACCCUCAAUAGAGCAAACAAUUCACGAUGUCAGCAACAUACUCCUGGAAAACCAACCCGCCGGCGACGUCUACAUGUUCAGCACCAUCAUCCUCGCCUGGACCACGAGUCUAUUCGGCUAUAUUCUCUUCAUGUUGCUGCUCAUGGCCUGCAUCAAAAAAGCUGAUCGAACCACGAACAAGUCGAAGGAUAACGAGGUUGACGAGGGCAUCGAGCUCGAAACGAUCAAAGUACCCGAUACAGAUAGCCUGGCAGGAGCCCACUCCAAGGCAGGGCCAUUCGAGGACGUCAAAUGGGAGUACCCGAGCCCUCAACGUUCCACCGAUACGAAGCGAUCCGAGCCGCUUCCUAUGUACUCGCCCUGGGGACUGGGUCAUGCAGUGGCUUGAGGCACGGUCAGGACAAGGCUCUGCUUGAGUAUGCUGUUGAGUCGCAUCGUGGUUUUUGGUUUCUCGUGCCCAAUUCCCUGUAUCAUUGCGUUUACUUUGCCCGGUUUUACGUUUCAUUUGCAUAGCUCCAAGUCAAGGUCUGUUUUGUGUUGG